UAUUAUAAUUAUUAUAAACAGAUAAGUAUUUUUCUUCAUUUUAUUUUUAUUAUUGUAUAAGCAAAGCAAUCAUUCCCAUAAUUCUUAAUUUCCAUUUUCAUAUAUAUAUGUAAAGAGCUAACAUCUAAAAAGCAUAAAUCAAAAGCAAACCGAAAGUGUCUUAGAAAAAAGCUCUCCCCUUCUUCCACUUUAUCAAAAACUCAAAAGCAAAGAUCAAAACCUCAAGAAUAAUGGAAGACGAAGAAGACAUGCCACCUUUCUGGCUGCAAACCACCGACCGCCGCCACCGUCUACGCAGCCGAGCCUCCUCUUUCUUCCUCAACUCCGGUGUCCUUCUCAUAGUUUUACUAGUUUUAGCAUUUGUUUUUGUUUUCAUUAUUGUCCCUUCAUUCGUUUCUUUGAUUUCCCAGAUUUUUAGACCACAGUUGAUCAAGAAAAGCUGGGAUUACCUUAAUUUUGUUCUUGUAAUGUUUGCUAUUGUCUGUGGAUUUCUUAACAACAACAAUGGUGAUAAGAGCAACUCUGGAAGUAGAAGCUAUCGCAGCUUAUCAAAUGGAGCACAAGAUUUGCAAAGAUCAUAUCCUUCAACUCCUGCAAAUAGAUGGUAUGAUCAGUAUCAAGAUCGGCCGGCGUUCAGUUCCUUGAACAGAUUAAGGAGUUUCAGUUCAUACCCAGAUCUACGCCAAGAAUCUUUAUGGUUGAAGAACGAUGAACGCUGGCAAUUUUAUGAUGAUACCUAUCUUAAUAGUUACAGAGUUUCAAGGUCAUCGGAUCAGCUCCAAGAUCAUCGUCCACAGCAGCAGCAGCGGCAGCGGCAGCAGGAACAGGAAGAGGAAGCUGUUACUGAGGAUGUUGCUGUUGAUAGCUCUAUAAAGGAAGUUGUGUACACAACACCACCACCACCUUCAUCUCCUUCUCCUCCUCAACCGCCGUCACCCGCAGCAGCACCACUUUCUCCUCAGCUGCCACCACCUACGUCUGUGAGAAGGAAGGUGAAGAGAACAUAUCAAGAUCUUGAGCAUAAAAAGAGAAGAGAAGAAAGGGAUUUGGAAGUUGAGAAUUAUAUACCAGCAACUUCUAUAGAACAGACUCCGCCUCCACCUCCACGUUCGCCGCCACCAGUCUUCAGCAAGAGUGAGAAAAGGAGAGGUAAAGAUUUUUUCACUUCACUGAGAAGAAAGAGAAAGAGGCAGAGACAAAAAAGUGUUGAAAAUCUGGAGAGGUUAUUCGAUCCUCAACCUUCAUCUUCACCUUUCAUACCACCACCAUCCCCACCUCCACCUCCGCCGCCGCCACCUCCACCACCCCAUUUCUUCCAAAAUCUUUUCUCAACCAAGAAAGGCAAGUCCAAGAAAGAAAAUUCAGUUCCACCGCCACCACCUCCACCAGUUACUUCAUCCUCUCGCACCCGCGUAUCAAAAAUCGUCUUCCAAAACGUCACACUAUCACUAGAAUCGCGAGCAUCAAGAACUACCACCGUCAAGGUAGCAGAGGUGACGGCCCAUCAUGCUCCCAAAGCGGUUAAGACAGGUGGUAGUUCCAGAAGAGUAGAAGAGAAUGUGGAAAGCGGCCACUCAUCACCCUUGAUACCAAUCCCGCCUCCUCCUCCGCCACCGCCGUUCAAGACAUCGUGGAAGUUUGUGCAGGAUGGCGACUAUGUUAGAGUGGCAAGCUUUAACAGUUCCCGAAGUGGGUCACCAGAUUUAGACAGUGAAGAUCCAUCAGACAAGGAAUCGAGUCCAAUGGGAAGAAAGGAUGGCGACUCAACAAUGCCAAUGUUCUGUCCAAGUCCCGACGUGAACACAAAAGCUGAGAAUUUCAUUGCAAAGUUCAGAGCUGGUCUGAACCUGGAGAAGGUUAAUUCUGUGAAGAGAAGAUCAAAUCUUGGGCCAGGCCCUGACAGAGUAGAAGGAGACGACCAAAGCUAGAAUUUUUUUAAAAAUAAAUUUAUUUAUUCUUGUUUUUUUUUUUAAAUAUAUUUCAGUUGAACCGAAUUAAUCACUCUCCAGCCCUUUGAAGUAAUCUGAAAAUGUGAAGAGGUGGAUAGAAGAUGACAGCUGAAAUUAAAUUAUAGAUAAAAUUGAUUUUUUUGGAUAAAAUUUGUUGAUAGAGUUUUCCAAGUGCAUUUUAAUUAUUCUGUUGUGGGGCUGGAGGCUGGUGGAGAGGCUGAAAUUGUUUUUUUAUUUUUUUUAUGAGAAGUGAGAAUGAGACUUUAUGGAUUUUUAUUCGAACUUUAUGGAUGAAAUUUUGGCAGAAUUUGCUCUCUAGAAAUGAGAGUAGUUAUGGAAUAUAUAUAUAAAUAAUUGGUUUUGGUGUGCAA